CCUAUUUUUAAACCGCUCGCCUAUGACAAUGUGUCAAUAUCAUAGUCGUUAUAAAAGUAAUUAGUUUUUGACUGGUAAAUAUAUCUUUUUGAAAUUCGAGGCGUUUGUUGUUGAUUUAAAAAAAUGUGCCAUGUUUUAGGCCAAUAUGUAUUAAAGAUGUUAAGUUUAACAAAAACGAAACUCUUCACGAUAAUUCUUGUUAGUUGUGUUUGCAUUUCUACUUAUUUGCUUCUGGAAACAGAACAUGGUAGAAGGAAAAAACUACGCUUCUUUCAAGAAGAGAUUCUUCCAAAAGUUGAGCAGGAACAAAUUCAAAGACAACAGAACUUGAUACAAAUCUGCCAAAAGAUGGGCUAUAAUGAUACAUCUCUGGAGAACAUUAAUCAGGAUCAGCUUAGUCAUCUGAUAGUAGAUGAAAACUAUAAACUAAUUUACUGCUAUGUUCCAAAGGUUGCUUGUACUAACUGGAAAAGGGUAUUGAUGGUAUUGAAGGGUAACAAGGUAAAGAAACCAUUAGACAUUUUAGGAAAUGAAACUCAUGCUCAUACUUUCAAGACUCUUAACAAGGUAUCUAUACAAGAAGCUCGGAACAUGUUAAAAACAUACUUGAAAUUCUUGUUUGCAAGACAUCCUUAUGAGAGGCUAUUAUCAGCCUACAGAAACAAGUUUGAAAAUCGUUACAGUGAUUACUUCACUAGUCGCUUUGGCCGCAAAAUAAUCCAAAGGUAUCGAACUAAUGCCUCUCAAGUGUCUCUAGAAAAGGGUCAUGAUGUAACAUUUGCAGAAUUUGUGCAGUAUAUUUCUGAAUUAGAUCCAGCCCAGAAAUCAACCUUUAAUGAGCACUGGAGACCUAUUUUUGACCUGUGUCUGCCAUGUUCUUUGAAUUACAAAGUCAUAGGCAAAUAUGAAACUUUAGAAGAUGAUUCAGAUUACGUGCUUUGGAGGGCUGGUUUGUUACAGAAGGUUAAUUUCCCUGAAAGAGAGCAAAGCUAUAAGAUGGAGCCAACAGCCGUGCUACUGAAGAAAUACUUUAACCAAAUUUCUCAGGAUGUAAAAGAUAAAUUAUAUACUAUCUACCAAGAAGAUUUUACUAUCUUUGGUUAUAAAAAUCCCUUUUAGAAAUUUUAAAACUCAAUAUUUAUGAUCUCCGACUUUGACUAAUUAUGACAGUGUUUUAAAACUUUUCCAGAUAUGUUUAACACUUUUCCCUUACCUUGGAAACUUAUAGUAGGAAUUUAUAACAACUUAUUAGAAGAUAUAAAAUUGGUUUAUGAUUAUUCAUUAUGCACGAGCUAAAUGUUAAAAAAGUAGAGGGUUGUAUUUUAAAUUUUUUUUUUCUGAGAAACAUAUUAUGGGUUGGUUACUUGAAUAAACUAUAAUACAACGAGAACACACCAUAAUAAGGCCUGUGGAAGGUAUAUUUUUUGUUACCUAGAAUGGUAAUAUGGCUAAGUGUACAGAAGAUGAUUGUCUAUUACCAUUAUGUACUCUAUACAUGUUAACUGUUUUAAUAUGGUCAUUUUAUUUUGACAUUAGUUAGUUCAAAGGUUAAUAAAGUUCUGAAAUAUAACUAAAUAUUUUAGAAACUUGUGUUAUUUAUGUUUUAGUAAUGUUUAUAUGUAGUUGAAA